UUAGGUUACUACAAUUGCCUGUAUACUGACUGGCAUCUCAGAUGUCAUGGCCUCAGCUGCCAUUUCUUAGGUUAAAAUUUGACGUCAAUUUACUGGAAUGACCUUCAUGGUGGUAUUCUAAGCUUAGGAUAUAGAUGUUGCUGCAGGUGAUUCUCAAUAUGUCAUGUACUCAUUCUCUUAUUCAUAGUUUCUAUCACGGCACUAAUUUGCAUAUCUGCCUGACUGUAAGCAGUGAGAUUUCAUUUGAUCAACCCGUUUAAUCCUUACUAAUUGUUGCUCGUUGCUAAUUGCCAGCAAUUAUACACUGAUGUCUGCUGGAUAUGUACGAUCAGAUGGCAUUUGCUGUACUGGAUUCAAUCCUCGCAGUUUUUUGCUCACCGCUGAAAAAUGCAAGCUUUGAUGCUGGUGUAAUGGCCAUGAAAAUUCUGGUGAUAAAUCCCUGCUGAAGCUGGGCCAAGGCCUCACAGUGCGGCGCUGAUCCUCAUUGCCUCGGCGGCGCGCAUGAUGUCUGCCAACGACAACUCGCCGCCGGCGGUGGAGGCUGCGGCGGCCACCGCCUCCACGCCGCGGUCGCGGCUGCCCCGGUGGACGCGGCACGAGACGCUGGUCCUGAUCCAGGCGAGGCGCGCCAUGGAGCGGCGCGGCCUGCAGCUUCCCGUGCGACCGCGGCCCAAGUGGGCGGCGGUGUCGGCCUACUGCCGGCGCCACGGCGUGGAGCGCGGGCCCAUGCAGUGCCGGAAGCGCUGGGGCAACCUGUCCUGGGACCUCAAGAAGAUCGUCGCUUGGGAGGGGAAGGCCGCCGCCGGCGACGGCGCUGGCGCCGCGCUGCCGCCGCCGCAGCAGCAUGAGUCGUUCUGGGACAUGCGCGGCGAGCAGCGGCGCGCCAGGCAGCUGCCGUCGUCGUUCGACCGCGAGGUGUACGACGCGCUCGUCUGCGGCACGCCCGCCGUCGCCGAGGACGCCGCCGCCGCGCUACCGAACUUCGGCGACGGCGAGCUGGAGGGCGUGUACCGGCAGCCGCCCAUCAUGGUCAUGCCCAUAUCAGCAAGGAAGUAUGAGCCACCACCUGCCUCCUCUGAACACGAAUGCUCUGGUCCAGUGACGGAGAGCGACAAGAAGGCCGGCGCGGCGGCGUCGGACAAGAACUCGACGUCGCAGCACGACGGCGGCGGCGGGUACAAGGACAGCGACGCGACGUUCGUGGCCGGCGAAGCAGAGGGCACCACGACGGCGACGCCGGCGGCGACGGUGAGCAUCGGGAAGCAGGUGAUCGAGGCCCUGGAGCGGGGCAACCGGGCGCUGGAGCAGCAGCUGGAGGCGCAGAAGUGCAGCUGGCGCGCGGACAGGGAGCAGAGGGCGGCCCUCCUCGGCGCGCUGGACAGGCUCGCCGGCGCCGUCGGCAGGAUCGCCGACAAGCUCUGAGGAAUGCCAGUGUGAUCUGACGCCUCUGCUGCGCCGGUCGUGAAAAAACUAAGACCUUUGGCGUAUGUUACCGGAUUAUUGGAGCUGUGAAUCACGAACUGGCAACUCUUGGAUCUUGAUGAUGAAAUAACGUGACCUUCACCCACAUCUAUCAUGUGUCUGCUGAAAUUUGCGCCCUGGCGUGGCCGCAGGCUCGGUCGGCACUGACAGCCGGGCCUCCAUUUUCCGCCACUGACAGC